ACUUUCCGGCCGCUGGCUGUCGAAGUCGGAGUCCCACCUGUGUCCCCACAGCCCUGUCACGAAUCCCGGUCGGGUUCUGGGAGGCACCGCCUCGGGGUUGCGGGCCAGGUACGGCUCGGCGGUGGAGGACUCACUUCCUGCUCCAUCCCUGGCUGGGCCUUGGGGCGGAACUGAUGACCCUUGAUAAUGUGGCUGGGGACUUCAGGGAAGAGUGGGUUACCUGGACACUGCUUAGAGAAUCCUCUUCAGGAAUGCCACCCAGCACAGUUAGAAGAAUGGGCUCUCAAAGGAAUUUCCAGGCCUAGUGUAAUCUCCCAGCUGGAGCAGAAAGAAGAGCCAUGGGUCCUACCACUCCAAAACUUUGAGGCGAGGAAGAUCCUGAGGGAAAGCCACACAGACUUUGAGCAUCAGGUGGCGAAGCUCAAUCAGGACAUUUCUGAAACGGCAGAACAAUGUGGAACAUCCUCAGAAAGGACCAAUAAAGAUCUUUCUCAUACUCUUAGUUGGGGAGGAAACUGGGAGCGAGGGCUAGAAUUAGAAGGGCAACAUGGAACCCUUCCAGGAGAGGGCCGGCUGGAGCCCUUUUCACAGGAGAGGGAUUUAAACAAGCUCCUGGAUGGCUAUGUAGGAGAGAAGCCUAUGUGUGCAGAAUGCGGGAAAAGCUUUAACCAGAGUUCCUAUCUCAUAAGACACCUAAGAACCCACACUGGCGAGAGGCCCUAUACGUGCAUUGAGUGUGGAAAAGGCUUCAAACAGAGCUCAGACCUUGUCACCCAUCGCAGAACACACACAGGAGAGAAGCCCUACCAAUGCAAGGGGUGUGAGAAAAAAUUCAGUGACAGCUCAACACUCAUCAAACAUCAGAGAACCCACACAGGGGAGAGACCCUAUGAGUGCCCAGAGUGUGGGAAGACUUUUGGGCGGAAGCCACACCUCAUAAUGCACCAAAGAACCCACACAGGCGAGAAGCCCUACACGUGCCUGGAAUGUCACAAAAGCUUCAGUCGAAGCUCAAAUUUCAUCACUCACCAGAGGACACACACAGGGGUGAAGCCUUAUAGGUGUAAUGACUGUGGGGAGAGUUUUAGCCAGAGCUCGGAUUUGAUUAAGCACCAACGAACCCACACGGGAGAACGGCCCUUCAAAUGCCCGGAGUGCGGGAAGGGCUUCAGAGAUAGUUCUCAUUUUGUAGCUCACAUGAGUACUCAUUCAGGAGAAAGGCCUUUCAGUUGUCCUGACUGCCACAAAAGCUUCAGUCAGAGCUCACAUUUGGUCACGCACCAAAGAACACACACAGGUGAGAGACCUUUUAAGUGCGAAAACUGUGGGAAAGCAUUCGCCGACAGCUCCGCCCUCAUUAAGCACCAACGAAUCCACACAGGAGAAAGACCCUACAAAUGUGGGGAAUGUGGGAAGAGCUUCAAUCAGAGCUCCCACUUUAUUACCCAUCAGCGAAUCCACUUAGGAGACAGGCCCUAUCGAUGUCCUGAGUGUGGCAAGACCUUCAAUCAGCGUUCCCAUUUCCUCACACACCAGAGAACGCAUACAGGAGAAAAACCUUUCCACUGUAGUAAAUGUAACAAGAGCUUCCGUCAGAAAGCGCAUCUUUUAUGCCAUCAAAACACCCAUUGAUUUAGGAAAUAGUCUUUAGUGUUCUGCUGCUCCCUUGCAAAUUUUCAUUGCUACUGUCUUCAAGCACCCCAAAUAGAGAAAACCCGGGCAUCAGUGGCUCAAUUUGGGCCCUUCUCCCUCUUUCUUGUCUAUGUUAUAACAGAGAGGAUAAACUUAAAGUGUCCAAAUAACGGUCCGAAUACAAAAGGCAUUCCUUCA